UUCCACUCCACCCCUCCUCCCUCCGCAGUUCAUUCCUGUCAAAAAAAAACAAAAACCAUGGUUCAGCUUGACCAACUCGAAUCGCUGCCAGAGCGCAUGGCACAACAUGAAAAACUUUUUAACGACAUGCUUCACCUGAUACCCGCCAAAUAUUACAUUGCACAAAAGCCUGAGUUUAACAAUAACCAAUAUAUGCACAACAAACGGAAACUCAAGGCACCAAAGCAAGAAAUAAAAGAACGAUCCAAAAAAGCACGCAAAGCCAAGCUUGAUCCCGAGAAUGAAAAGUCAAUAGCAGAACUUCAAACAGAACAAGCCGAAAAGGCUGCUAAAGAAAAAGAAGAGAUGAAACAAAACAACAACGACGAUGACGAUGGCGACGAAUUAGACGAUGAUGACGAAGACGAGGUCCAUGAUGAUGAUGAUGAAGACGACGACGUAGACGACGUAGACGACGAUGCUACCAGCAGUAGCAGUAUCGCAAAAGGUGAUUUUAGCGGACUGGAAAACAAAGAAGCAGCAGCAGCAGCAGCAGCUCCCUUACAACCUAUGGUACGAGGUGAUAUUGCCGCCCUUCACAGCCGUCUCCAACAACGUAUUGCCGAGAUGCGACAAAAACGUAAUAGUCCCAAUGCGAAAAACCGAGAAGAGAUCCUUAAACAACGUGCCAAGAAGCGAGAGGACAGAAAAAAGGCACAAAAGGCACGGAAAGAAAAGAAAGGUGGCAUGCAGGCUCCUGCUGAAGAGCUUGUCAAGGCCAACAACCAGACUGAACGAUCUGCUGCUGAUUCGGUCAAGAUGGACGGCGACCUGUAUUUUGGCAAGGUAGCCCUUGGCCAGGAAAACAAAAAGAAGAAGGGUCCUGUUGAUGCCAAGCAGCAAUUGAAGAAGAUCGAGUCCAAGAAGGAGAAGCUUGAACAAUUGCGCAAGGAAGAUAAGCAAAAGGCUUUGCAACUCGAAGAAAAAGAACAAUGGGACAAGGCAUUGGCUUUGGCAACUGGUGAAAAGAUCAAGGACGACACAAAGUUAUUGAGAAAGACAAUCAAGAACAAGGAGCAAUUCAAGAAGAAGAGUGGCGAGGAUUGGAGAAAGCGUUUAGAAAAGGUUAAAGCAGAUGAGCAGACCAAGAUCAAGAAGCGCGAAGAAAACAUCCGCAACCAUACCAAGGGCAAAAAGACCGGUGAAAAUUGGAAAAAUAAGAAAGGUGGAAAGGGUGGCAAAGAUGGUGGAAAGGGUGGUAAAGAUAGUGGAAAGAAGAAGAAGGCCCGUCAUGGCUUCGAAGGUGCUGCAUUUGGCUACGGCGGCAAGGUUACCAAAUCAAAGAAGAAAUAAUCGUUCUUUUCUCUCUCUCUCUCUCUCUCUCUCA